UUUCAUCCUUCGACAAAUUCAGAGUAUUCUUUAUCCCAGCAAGACUACAUCUACGAAGGUAGUGUGUUCGCUAGUGUGGUCUCCCAAAAUACGGUAAGCAUACUCCUGAGUGAUCAAUAUUCAGUAUCUAGGCUACUUAACUUCUAAACUGGGUUUUAUUGCACUAGUGGAACGUAUUAAUCCAUAUCUUUGUUUGAUGAUUUCAAAAAUUAGCAACUUACAGUUUUAUAGGAUUUCCAGCUUUCGUCAAAAGAGAUGAAUUACUUCGCUAAAAACAAAGAAUUUUAUUCAGAAAUAAUCGGAUCAAAUUGAAUUGAAUCCAAAAGUGAGAAACUACCUACAGCUCUUGACAACAAUGGUUGAUUCUUGAUGCAGCCAAGAGAUAAAGGUCAUAAGCUUCAAGGCUUUUCGUCUACUGUUACACAGCCUGCAAUAGAGGAUUCAUCAUUAAGGAAUCAGGUAGAUGUGAUUGCUCAAGAUAGAAAUCUUGGUAGUAGUGUUAGCCCUGACUCCUCUCCACCAUCCCAGGAAGGCAACAAGCAUUUGAGACUUCUUCAAAACACAACUAGAUAUGACCAAAAUCUAAGAGACUACCUCAGGUUUUGCAGGAAGUUCUUUCUACAAUUCUUUAAAAACCACAACCCUGAAAUCGUUCGGAAGAGGUACAUUAACUGACCGAUGAAGCAGGUCCUUCAAAGUACAACUCUCACUCUUUCCAGGGUUAUGGCCGAUGAAGAAAUGACUCCCAGCCUGGCUUAUUUCUUAGUAGGCAUUUUGAGCCUAAAGAGUCCAUCUAGAAUGAGAUGCUCUUCUGAAGUCAAGAAGGAAAUUCGGCUAUUUUUAGAAACAACAAGGAAGUUCUCCAUGACAAAGUUCAGAGCAAUAAUGAAGUCUCCGAAUCUUCAGACAUUAGUGAAGCAUUUGGCAAACCACUGUGAUGACCCAAGGGCUUUAAAACUCAGAGAUGCAUUGGAAUGCCUCCCAAAAUAA